CAUUGCAAAUGUCAACGUCCAAGACGCCCAUCUUUCUGACUGGUGCUACAGGCUACAUUGGAGGCGCCGUCCUCGCUCGUCUCCUAAGCCAUCCCAGUGCCAACACUUUCGAUAUCACCGUCAUCGUGCGCAGUCCAGAGAAGGCCAAGAUACUCAAGGACAAGUUCGAUGUCAACGCCAUAGUUGGAACCCAUGCCGAACUCGACAAGAUCGAGAGCCUUGUCGAAAACAGCCAUGUUGUGUUUCAUCUCGCCGAUGCGGACGAUGAGCCUCUUAUUCAGGCUAUCUUAAAUGGUCUUAGGAAGAGGCACAGCAAAGUCGGCGACUUGCCCAUUCUCAUUCACACCUCCGGAACUGGUGUCCUCACCGACAACGCGCGUGGCGAGUACGCCACCGACACCAUCUACAGCGACAUCAACGUCGACCAAAUCAAGUCUAUCCCACCGACCGCUGUGCAUCGCAACGUCGACUUGCGUGUAGUAGAUGCCGACGAGAAGGGCUUCGCGCGUACCCACAUCGUUCUGCCCUCGACGAUCUACGGCAUUGCUAGUCACCCCCUGGUCAAGGCUGGCGUCUCCAACCCGCAUUCGCAGCAGAUUCCGGGCAUCAUCCGUGCUUCUCUCGACCGCAAGCGUGCUGGAGUUGUCGGAAAGGGCUUGGCCUGGUGGCCCAGCGUUCACAUAGACGACAUUGCCGAGCUUUACAUAGUGCUCUUCGACAACAUCAUCAGCGACCCAGACAAGACGGGCCACGGCUGGGAGGGCUUCUACUUCGGCGAGAACGGCGAGCACCAUUGGAUCGACAUUUCCAGGGCUGUUGGGAAGGCCAUGGUUGAACUCGGGCUCACGGACAACGCGGAACCGACGUCGUUCACAGCCGAGGAGUUGGCGAAGUACUGGGGGAGUGAGGAGGCGGGAUGGUUCAGCGGCACAAACUCCCGCUGCCGCGCUGAUCGUGGGCGAGCGCUCGGCUGGAAGCCAAAGUAUACGACCCAGGACAUGCUUGCGAGUGUCAAGCCAGAGCUCGAGGCAUUAGCGAAGAAGCAGUAGGCUCGGGAGCGUCAUACUUACCAAGCGGACGAUGCCUACAACAGGCGUUGGGAGCAGAAUCAAACAAUUUACAGUUGGCACAAGUUCGCUACUCGCUUGAGUCGCUUCGUGUGCGUCAUAAGUCAAUCAUUAGCAUCCACUCAAUCACCCCGUCUAUUCGAGUCCGAGGCCUCUGGUGUACGUGCUGGUUAUGCACAUGCUGAAACGGCCUAUCCUUAGGACACUGCCACUGGAAUAACCAAUCUACUGUAGAUUUGAUUAGCUCCCGCUGACCUGGUCGAUGGUCAACGGAACAUGACCGAAGGAUGUCCUGACUAAUACGUCGACGUGCGCAAAGCUGAUCAAUAUGA